AGAGAGAGAGAGAGAGAGAGAGAGAGAGAGAGAGAGAGAGAGAGAAUCUGAAAGGCUUUUUAGAGCAUCAGCAAGGAACACUAGAUACACAGGAAGACAGCAACAUAAGAAGCUAGACGGUGUGUGUGUGUGUGUGUGUGUGUGUGUGUGUGUGUGUGUGUGUGUGUGUGUGUGUGUGUGUGUGUGUGUGUAUAAAUGCGAGUGUGUAGUCGUGUGUGAGAGUCUGAGGGCACGCUGCCUUCCCGAGGGGGUCGCGAGGGGCGAGGGCUGAGAGGAGGGUGGCUGAACGCUCUCUGCUCUCUCGCCCUGCGCUACUGCUGCCCCCUCCGCCGCUCCUCGCCACCCCCCGCGCCGCUCAUCUGCCCCUCUCCACCCGCCCCACAGCCGCUCCUUUGCCCCCCCUCCCCGCCGUGGUGCGUGUGCAGCAUGGAGCCGGAGCGUGACGUGGCCGAGCCGGAGCUCAGAGAGCGCGCCGAGCCUCUGAGCGGUGUGGAGCGCGCCAUCGUGCAGGACACCUGGGCGCGAGUGUACGAAAGCUGCGAGGACGUGGGCGUGGCCGUGUUGGUCAGGUUCUUUGUGAACUUCCCGUCAGCAAAGCAGUACUUCAGUCAGUUUCGAGACAUGGACGACCCGGAGGAGAUGGAGAAAAGCACCCAGCUGAAGAAGCAUGCGUGCCGUGUCAUGAACGCCAUCAACACGGUGGUGGAGAACCUCCACGAUCCGGAGAAGGUCUCGUCUGUGCUGGAGCUGGUGGGGAAAGCCCAUGCCAUCAAACACAAAGUGGAACCCAUGUACUUUAAGAUACUAAGUGGUGUGAUCCUCGAGGUUCUCUCUGAAGACUUGGGCGACUGCUUCACCGACGAGGUGCAGAUGGCCUGGACCAAACUGAUGGCACUGCUCUACUGGCACAUCACUGGAGCGUACCAAGAGGUGGGCUGGGUCAAACUGUCCAGCUCAGCCGUCUGAGGAGCUGCCAGUGCACUGCCCUCCUGACCGAUAUUGUGAAAAAGAAAAGUCAAUUGUCAAAGAAACAAAACUGGUUUUAUCCAAAACACACACUCACUACACCAUCUUUUAUUCUGGUUCUUCUGUAUCUGUAACAACAAUCUUUAUAUUGUGGACAUACAGGAAUUUGGAGCAGAGAGAAUAGAAAUAAGUCAAUCUUCUAUAAAUUUCUUCAUUUAUUUUUAUUUUUUUGCCCUUUGUUUAUAUUCCUUUUCUGUUUUGGUGGCAUUACAGAACAUUUAUAUCUCACCAAACCUCCAUUUAUACAGCAAGCAACAACAACAACAAAAAGUUUUCUCUGAGAGAACGCUUGGAGUUACUGAAGUUAAGAACACUUAAUAAUCCAGAGAAGAACUGAUGAAGAACCGUUCGUUUUGCUAAAGGGUGUUGAGCCCUUAGUUUUACACCAUACAUUUUUUGAUUUGUCCAUCUGAGGGAACUCUGAAUGGUUCUAUGUAAAUCCCUACAACAAGUUGUUUACCAGUCAGAGUGGGGUUCCACAUAGAAUCCUUAGUUAUCCGAUGAACCCUCAAAGACCCAUCAAGUCUCACAAAUACUUCAGUACCUCCUGACCUUUAUUUUUUUCAGGAGAUUUUAUGUAUAAAAAAUAAUACAUACGCUCUUUGGUUGUCCUACUUAAGAACCCUUCUUACUGUAUGUCCGAUCUUAUCCACUAAGCACCGGUGUGGGUGCGGGUUUUCAAUCCAACCAAUCAGAAGCCACACCUGAUUCCACCUGGUUAAUCAGUUGAUGCUGGCUUUCAAUAGGUGUCUCUUCUGCUUGGUUGGAUUGAAAACCUCCACCCGCACCAACCCUUUGUGGAUAAGCUUCAGAUGGUAUCUGCAGACGGCCAUAAUAAAGUGGUUUCCUGCUAUUGACUAUUAAGUAGAAACCUUUUUGAAAGCUACAGUAAGAACUGACUUCUGAACUUUAAAAACCGAUCCAAAUUAAAACUUCUUUUAAAAAAAAAUCUAAAAUAAAUAAAUAAAUAAAUAAUCAAUUAAUCUGCAGGAAUCCAUCUAAUUAAGAGAAUUACUCACAAAAACAUAUUUAUAACUAUUUUUUAAACCAUCUUCAUCGAGGGGUGCCAAUAAUUUUGGAAUCUAUACACGAGAUAUUAUUUUUAGAUAUUAAAGUACAAAAAAGUGAAACGGACCACACCUACAAAAUGUUAUGCUACAUUGGUUACCUGUUGCUUGCCGGUGUAGAUGUGAGACGACCCCGUGUUUAUUUCCGCCCGGUAAUUAAAAGAUUAGCGUUUUAUAGACACGCGCGGAGCAGAAAAAUGAACACGUGAGUCACGUGAUUGACGUGUAGAGAAAUUAAAUCACGUUAAAGAUCUGUUUUAUACCUGAAAUAUCCGAAAAGAUAAGAAAAGAUCCACCAGGUAAUUAUAGCUCUACAGAGACAAAAACCUGUAAUUAUCAUAAAUUACCGUAAUUACAGUCAACACUUUGUGUGUGUGUGUGUGUGUGUGUGUGUGUGUGUGUGUGUGUGUGUGUGUGUGUGUGUGUGUGUGAGUGUGAGUGUGCAUCACAUAGGUACUGCAUAUCCUAAACAGCAACCAAUAAUGUAGAUCUAACGAAAUCAGUCAUUUUGAAUUUACACACACACACACACACACACACACACACACACACACACACACACACACACACACACACACACACACACU